AUGGCCAAGAAACAAAAGCAUAAUACCCAGCAGCGUAAGCUGAUUCGUGAAAGAGACAGCCAGAAGAUCAAAGAUCUUGAAACUAAGGUUGAAGAAUAUAACCCGAAAAUUGCUAAGGCUAAUUUGUUUCAAGAUUUACCCAUUAGUGAACAAACUCUAAAAGGGUUGAAAGAAGCAGCAUUUAUCAAAUUAACCGAGAUUCAGCGCGAGUCCAUACCUCUCUCCUUGAAAGGCCACGAUGUAUUAGGCGCUGCCAAGACAGGUUCUGGUAAGACUCUAGCAUUUUUGAUCCCUGUUAUCGAAAAGUUAUACAGAGAGAAGUGGACAGACAUGGAUGGGCUAGGUGCAUUGAUCAUCUCCCCAACAAGAGAAUUGGCCAUGCAAAUAUAUGAAGUGUUAAGUAAAAUUGGUAAGCACACUACCUUCUCCGCCGGUUUGGUUAUUGGUGGUAAAGAUGUUACUUUUGAGAAAGAGAGAAUUUCGAGAAUUAACAUUCUAAUAGGAACACCAGGCAGAAUCUUACAGCAUAUGGAUCAAGCCGUUGGAUUCAAUACUUCAAAUUUACAGUUGUUAGUACUCGAUGAAGCCGACAGAUGUCUAGAUAUGGGUUUCAAGAGAACCCUUGAUGCCAUUAUUAAUAAUUUGCCUGCUUCAAGACAAACACUUUUGUUUUCAGCUACUCAAUCACAAAGUUUGGAUGACUUGGCUAGAUUAUCUUUGACAGAUUACAAACAGGUAGGAACGAUGGAAGUUUUAAAUGCUAAUAGUUCAUCUGCGACUCCAGAAUCUUUACAGCAGUCAUAUAUCGAAGUGCCACUACCUGACAAACUUGACAUUCUGUUCAGUUUCAUAAAAUCGCAUUUAAAGUCUAAGUUAAUUGUGUUUCUAUCAAGCUCUAAACAGGUGCAUUUUGUUUAUGAAACUUUCAGGAAAUUACAACCUGGUAUAUCUUUGAUGCACUUGCAUGGUAGACAAAAGCAAACGGCGAGAACUGAGACGCUGGAUAAGUUCAGCAGAGCGCAACAUGUCUGUCUAUUCUCAACUGAUGUGGUUGCUAGAGGUAUUGAUUUCCCAUCUGUUGAUUGGGUGAUCCAGGUUGAUUGUCCUGAGGAUGUCGAUACAUAUAUCCACAGAGUUGGAAGAGCAGCCAGAUUCGGUAAAGAAGGUAAGUCACUCAUUAUGUUAACACCAGAGGAAGAGGAGGGAUUCUUGAAAAGAUUAAAAACUAAAAACAUUGAGCCCAGUAGACUAAAUAUCAAACAAUCAAAAAAGAAAUCUAUCAAACCUCAGUUACAAUCACUCCUUUUCAAAGAUCCCGAAUUGAAAUAUCUAGGCCAAAAGGCUUUCAUUUCUUAUGUUAGAUCGAUAUACAUUCAAAAAGACAAAGAAGUCUUCCAUUUCGACAAAAUACCAUUGGAACAAUUUGCUAACUCUUUAGGUUUACCAGGUGCUCCAAAGAUCAAGAUGAGGGGAAUGAAAUCGAUAGAGAAGGCAAAGGAGUUGAAAAAUACAUCAAGACAGCUCCUAACCCUAGCAAAGGCAAAUGAUGAAGGUGAUGUGAUUAAAGAAAACAAACCUGAAGUGAGGACCAGAUAUGACAAGAUGUUCGAACGGAAAAACCAAACUGUGCUAAGUGAGCACUAUCUGAAUGUCACCAAAGCACAAGCUCAUGAUGAUGAGGAUGAAGAUUUCAUCAUGGUUAAACGUCAAGACCAUGAGUUGAAUGAAGCUGAAUUACCUGAACUUCUUGUUCCAACAUCUAAGAGAGCCCAAAAGAAAGCAUUAUCAAGGAAGGCAACAUUAGCAUCUAAUGGUAACCCAACCAAAGUCAAAUUUGACGAUGAUGGUAAAGCUCAUCCUGUUUACGAAUUAGAAGAUGAACAAGAUUUCCGUCAAAAUGGUAACUCAGAGAAGCAAAAAGAAGAGUUCUUGUCUAAGGAGGCAGAGCUUAUGGCAAAGGUUGAUGUAGAAGAUAAACAGGUUGCAAAAGAGAAAAGGCAAGAAAAGAAACGUAAGAGACUAGAAGCAAUGAGAAAAGAAAUGGAAGCUGAUAUGGAGGAUAGUGAUUAUGAGGAUGAACCAGUAGCAUACCUUGGAACUGGGAACCUAAGUGACGAUAUGCAAUCUGGAGCUGACACUGAAGACGAUUCUCAAGAUGAAAGGCAACCAAGAAAAAAGAGCAAAUAUGCUGAUUCCAGUGAAGAUGAGGAAGAGGAAGAAAGAACUACUGAACGUGAUAGAAUUAUCGAAGUGGAAGAGCCACAGACUCUUGAAGAUUUGGAAUCUCUAACAGCAAAUUUGAUUGGAUCUUAG